UUCCCCCCCUUCCAGUCCGGACACUUUUACCCCCUUCCAGUCCGGACACUUUCACCCCCUUCCAGUCCAGACACUUUCACCCCCCUUCCAGUCCGGACACUUCCCCCCCUUCCAGUCCGGACACUUUCACCCCCUUCCAGUCCGGACACUUUCACCCCCUUCCAGUCUAGACACUUUCACCCCCUUCCAGUCCGGGACGCUUUCACCCCCUUCCAGUCCGGACACUUUCACCCCCUUUCCAGUCCGGACACUUUCACCCCCUUCCAUCCGGACACUUUCCCCCACUUCCAGUCCGGACACUUUAACCCCCUUCCAGUCCGGACACUUUCCCCCCCUUCCAGUCCGGACACUUUCACCCCCUUC